AUGUCUGGCAACUUCGACUUCCCACCUGCAACUACGAGGCAAGGCCAGGCUCCUUCCUUCCACGAUGCCUCCAACAUUGUUCGAGAAACUGCAUCGCAUCGCAACGCUCUACGACAUAGGAUCGAAGAAGUACGGCGAUUGAGAGACCAUAUGAAUAACUCGGACGAGCGUCAAAGACUGCGAGUGGUGCGAGAAGAGUUGAGGCGUAGAACCACUGCUGAGCCGAGGCCUGCAAAUGGGAAUACAGCGUCUGAUGCCCAAGCUCCAACUUCUGCUAUGAGAUCCCGACUCGAAAAUGUUCGUUACCGAGCUCGUCAACGUGUACAAGACCGAACGACUCCGUCGGGAAGUGGGGGAACCGUACAACAAGCGGUGGAGCGACUCAACGAAGCCAGCUCUAAUCUUAGCUCAUUACUCGACCAACCAAUUCCGAGGAUUGAAUCUCCAGAUAUGAGUGCUCGAGAAUACUCAGGCGAGGCAGAAGUGAACAGAAGACGGGCCAAGCGCCGAAAAUUGGAUGCUGAUCCUUCAUCUGCUGGCCACCUGAGAGGUUUUAGCUAUGGGUACCGUGGACAAGUAGUACCCGGACCUCUGAAGAUGGAAAUCGUCAGCUGCGAUGGUGGCUUACACACGGAAGCAGCCAGACAUGGCAGAGAGUAUUGGCCUGAGAACGUGCUCCGUAACGACAAGAGCGUCUAUUGCACCGAUAACAACAAAUGCAAUCUGAUUUUACGUCAUAUGGGGGAGACUACAUUUUGUUUAAAGAAGCUUGUGAUCAAAGCCCCCGAAAGAGGAUUUACAGCACCCAUACAAGAAGGCAUGGUCUUCGUUUCUAUGUUAGCUUCUGAUCUCCUUACUCGUACUGCUCAGUAUCAGAUGCGGGAUCCUUCUCCGCUCCAGGAAAGCGAGGACCUGGAGCCUCUAUUCUCAGACGACGCAAAUGAAAGUCGACCCCCCUCUCGCAGACGAGACUCGAGUGCCCAACGCACAGUUCCUCCUCCAAUCUCGAAUCUAGCUGCUCGUAGCAAUCGAUAUUACCAUACCAGAGGUUUCAGGACCAGCGGCCAACCCUUUCCAGCAAUCGACCUCCGCCAUGAUUCUACUCCGCCUUCCCAAACUUUCCUUCCUCCAGAGCCUGCUGACUUCGCAGUAACAACCUCAUGUAACGACCCAUCUUCUGAUGAAGAAGAACCGUCAAGCGCCGCUACGCUGGCCGAUCGCCUCCGCCGCGACCACCUUCCGUCACCUUUUGAGCUCUCCUCUGAAGAAGAUACAGAAGACGGCUUAGAGCGCGGUAUGCGACGUGCAAGGGUCUUGGGGGUUUCUUCGAGUCAUACCUACUAUCGCAGAAACAGUCGCAGGGCGGAACCGAGCAAGAUUGAAAUUGUCGGUGCUGCAGACGUUAGUGGAGAUGGGACGGAGAACGAAAAAGUUUUGGCUCCGCAUGCCAGGUUCUUCAUCGAGAGAACUCGCAGUGUGGUUAGUGUCAAAUUUGACCCACCUGUGUCCGGCAAAUUCAUCCUCCUGAAGCUGUGGAGUCCAUCCAAGGAACAGAACAUCGAUAUUCAAAGCAUCGUGGCGUAUGGUUUUGCGGGACCGAGGUUCUUUCCUGCUGCACAGAUGACGUGA